AAAUCACAGCUUCCUGAAUGUGUCUGAGGUUUGUUAUUUCAUCAAAAGUUUGGUCAGAAACAGUGCGGAAGAUAGCUUUUGAAAAUCAGCUAAAGAAUACAGUUGGAAGUUGUCUGCUUUUUUGAACGAGAUUUUCUCCCCGCACUGGGGGGCAAGUUGAGAUUGGCCGACGGGCUUAUAAAAGGGGCUCGCAAAAUGCGAUAAAUAAUAAAACACCUACGUACAUGUUUUCAUACAUUGAUCAGUAGUGCUAUGGCUGUAACAGAACUAAACCAUGCGGACCCAGCCGCGCUUACCUCCAAACCAUUUCCUACCGCUGAGCUAUUUUUCGAAUAAAUAACUUUCAUCUUGCUUUUAACUUUUAAUUUCAAUAUUAUUUAUUACGGCAAAAUUAAUCAGAGUUGGAGUGGAGUCCAAAAUUUAGUCGAUAAUUACGUAAUAUGAACUAAUAGAGAAGUGGAGGACAAAGAAAAGGACAGGGCUUUCAACGUUGUUCGUUGAUAGUUGGAAGAGUUAAAAUGCCGAGUAAAAAGAAAAAGUACAACGCUCGCUUUCCUCCGGCAAGGAUAAAGAAAAUUAUGCAAAGUGACGAAGAGGUCGGGAAAGUGGCCCAAGCUGUACCUGUAAUAAUUUCAAGAGCUCUAGAACUCUUUGUGGAAUCCUUGUUGAAAAAGGCUGAAACGGUGACUCAAACGAGAAACGCUAAGACGUUAACUCCAUCGCAUUUAAAACAAUGCAUCAAUUCAGAAAGUAGGUUUGACUUUUUGAAAGACCUUGUUGCUACCGUCCCAGACGUUCAGGGUGAAGAAGAUCUCGCAGAAACGCCAAAUCCUCGCAGUUCUUCAGUUUCAAAUUCAGCGUUUGUAUAUCCAACUAUGCCGGUUCCAGGAACGUCCAGCAGGAAUUCGGGGCCCUUACCAUCGUCAGCAUUAGGAGCACCCGACGAAGCAGUUGAAGAAGAGGAAGAAGACGAUGAUGAUGACGAUGAACAACCUCAACAAUAUGAACAUCAGAAAAUUGCAGAAUAUGCACAAGAUCUUCCGUUUCAACCACAUCAACUUCAACAAAAGUCGGUAAUAGUGACUCCACAAUCUGGAUAUAUUAUGAACCCUGCAAGCGUGACCAGCAACCCCUACAUUCCCAAUAUUUCUGGCUCCUCCAGUCAUCCUGGGUCGGGUGGACUAUACCCGAUUUACUCUCAGCAACACAUCCAGAAUCCGAACGGAAUUAGUUCGACUCCACAAAGUGGAGGAGGUGGAGUAAUUGUUUAUGACGAUAAAUCUGUCGCCCAUCAUCAGUAUCAUUACCAACAACAUUGAACGAUGAGUAAUUGAUAUAUGUAUGAUGAUGACCAAAUCGUUGGAGGAAGUGAUUGGAGAAAUUAUAUGAAGAACCAAGUUUGGAGAAUGUUUAGGACAAGAAUGAUAUUCAAAUAUACAUGCAGUGAGAGAUGGAAUGAACAGAAUUAGAUUAAAUUAAAAUUAUAUACUGUGUAGUUAGUUUGUAAGUACUAAUUAAGUUUCACAUAUGUUAUCAUCAUCAACAACUACAAUUGAUUAUGCUAUAGCGAACAAACAAUUUUUGUAUUCAUUGAAAACUACUUUGGGGAUAGAAUUUAAAAUUUUUACGAUGAGAGAGAAGUGUUCAAGUUGAACUAUAAAAUUCACAUGUUCAAUUCUGCAGUUUCUGCAUUUUGUUACGUAUCUUAUAGUUGUCUAUUCUAUGGUAUGUCUUGUGUAUUUAACAUUCUAGCUCGAAAUAUUCUUUUUGUGUCGUCCAGCAUUUGUUCAGUUUGUUUGUAUUUAUUAUGCAAUGCACUUGCACUACAUUAACAGAUUUUUUGUGAAAUUAAUAACUCGAAUGCAUAAGUUAGUCUCUUAAUUAAACUCGAUCACUCCUUAUUGUUUGGUGGUGUAAGCAAUAUUUCGAAUUCCAUGUGCAGGUAAUAAUAUGAAAAGUUAUUGCGGAUUACUGUUAGUUAUUUCGGUUACCAAUAAAACCAAUAAUAUGCGUAAAGUGUAUAGAGUAUCAAA